GAACCUUCGGAAUUCCCGUCAGUUUCUCCUACACCGGGUGGAAUUCCAGACUCACUGGGAUUCUCCCAUCACUCUAUAUAUAUAUAGACGUAGUUCAGCCUUUGUAAAUCUAAAUCUCAUCAUACUCUUUUGUGUUUCAACAUCAAAAUCAAGAGAGUAAUUAGUCUGUUAAGUCGCAAUACAAAACUAGGCUUAGGGUUUAUAAUUUACGUAGAAAGAGAAUCAGUUAAGAAUAAGCAAUAUGCGGGAGAGAGCGGGAGAAGUAGAACAAGGACUCCCUGAAAUUGAUGAAGGCGAUAAAAAUAAUGGAUUGGAGGUAGAAAAUGCGUUCAAUGAUGUAGAGGUUCCGCCAUGGCAUAAGCAGAUAACAAUGAGAGCUGCUUUUACGAGUAUUAUUUUGAGUUUUGUUUUCAAUAUUAUCGUAUGCAAACUCAAUCUCACCACUGGAGUGAUUCCUUCGCUUAACGUGGCGGCUGGCCUCCUUGGAUUCGCCAUUGUUAAGGCAUGGACGGUUCUGCUUGAAAGGUGCGGUAUGUUGAAGCAGCCUUUUACCAGACAAGAAAACACUGUGAUUCAAACCUGUGUGGUUGCCUCUUCUGGGAUCGCUUUUAGCAGUGGGACAGCGAGUUAUCUGUUAGGAAUGAGUGCAACGAUAGCAGCUCAAGCAGAUGCAGGCAAUACCCCAGUGAAUGUGAAGAAACUAUCUCUUGGCUGGAUAAUUGGAUUCCUUUUUAUUGUCAGCUUUGUUGGUCUAUUCUCAAUAGUUCCUUUAAGAAAGAUGAUGAUCUUGAAGUACAAAUUGACGUAUCCCAGUGGAACCGCAACUGCAUAUCUUAUCAAUAGCUUCCACACUCGAAAAGGAGAAAAGCUGGCCAAGAAACAAGUUAUGACACUUUUCAAGUCCUUCUGCUUUAGCUUUCUGUUUGCGUGUUUCCAGUGGUUUUUCGCAGCUGCCGAUGGAUGUGGUUUCAGUAGCUUCCCGACUUUCGGUCUUCAGGCCUUUAAACAAAGGUUCUAUUUUGAUUUCUCAUCGACAUACGUUGGUGUUGGUAUGAUUUGCCCUUACUUGGUGAAUGUCUCAUUACUUGUUGGAGCCAUUGUUUCAUGGGGAAUCAUGUGGCCUCUGAUUGAGUCCAAGAAAGGCAGUUGGUAUAGUGCUGAUUUAUCUGCAAGCAGUCUUCAUGGCAUCCAAGGAUACAGGGUUUUUCUUGCCAUUGCCAUGAUGCUUGGUGAUGGACUGUUCCACGUUGUUUACAUGAUCAUUGUCACUUCGAAAAGUUUCAUUAAUCGCAAGUCGGAGAAAUCUAAUAGUGAGCGUGAAAGCACCGGAGGAGACUAUGACGAAAAAACAAGAACUACCUAUUUCUUGAAAGACCAAAUCCCUAAUUAUGUAGCCAUGGGCGGCUACGUACUCUUGGCAGCUCUGUCUAUUGGUGUUGUACCACAGAUCUUCCACCAGCUCAAAUGGUAUCACAUACUGGUGGCCUAUGUAAUUGCUCCAGUUCUAGCCUUCUGCAAUGCAUAUGGAUGUGGCCUAACAGAUUGGUCAUUGGCCUCAAACUACGGAAAAGUCGCUAUCCUAGUUUUCAGUGCUUGGGUCGGCCUCGAUCAUGGCGGGGUUCUUGCAGGCCUAGCUUGUUGUGGUGUGAUGAUGAGCAUUGUAUCA